AUGGAAAUUUUAUUAAAUGGAAGAUGGAAGAUAAUUGGAUGUAAUACAAAUGGUGAUUGGGGAAGUAGAUACAUUAAUUAUGAUGAAGAAGAAAAUGGUCCAGCUUUAUAUGGUGAAUAUAGAAACUGGACUAGUGAAGAAAUAACAAUCCUCUUGAAAAUACAAUUUUAG